UACUAAAAGUUAGGUAUUCUCAAUGUGAGCGACGCGACGACGACGUUUCGACAACAAACACGUUCCGUUCGUGUGGCUUUAAUGCGUUUGUUUUUGAUUCGAUUUGUUCGUUAUUGUGUUGUGCGCGACGUUACCUAUCCGUUGGAAAAUUUCGCACAAUUUUCUGAAAAAAUGAUCGAUGUGUAUUCGAUAACGUGACUUGUUUUCCUAUUCUACAUAUAUGUACGGCGAUAGAUAAAAAAAUCCGCAAGAAUAUGACACGUUCGAAGAUCUACUGGAAUACGCUAUGCUGUUUGCUAUCUGUACAUCUGAUUUCGGCGCAAGGAAGACAGCUCGAUGAUCUUGAUGAUGAAAAUGUUGGAGUUGGAAUUGGAAACGCCAGACAGGAGAAAGAACUAUACAAAGGAUUCAGCGGAUUUCAUUUAUUCAGCAAUGCCACCCAAAGGGUUUAUCAUCACGAUCUCACCAUAGCUGUUGUGGAAAUUACGAGAAACAAUACGUUAAUGAAUUGCGAACUAAUCGAAGUCUUCAAUGAUGAACAGCAACACGAAGCUUUGCGUAAUUUAACCAUACAGAUCAGUAAACCAAUUAGAGUGACGUUUAAUGAAAUUAUGGAGUUAAUGUCGCGAUGCGGCAGAUUAGAUCAAAAUUUAAUUAAUAGAAGAAUAGCAGCAACUUUACAUAAACCACCGGUGGAUCAACCAGAAUCUGAGACAACUCAGUCGAGUAUUUUGAGCGGAAUUGUUCCAGGUACAAAAUGGUGCGGAACUGGAGACAUUGCUAAAACGUAUUUCGAUUUAGGAUCAGAAGUGACCAUGGAUAAAUGUUGUCGCGCUCAUGAUUUAUGUCCUGUUAAAGUCAGAGGAUACAGCGCGAGAUACAAUUUAACCAAUGAAUCCUUGUACACGAAAUCUCAUUGCUCCUGCGACGACGAGUUGUUAAAAUGUCUUCGAUCAAGCAAUAAACCAGCUGCUAAUUUCAUGGCGAAUAUUUAUUUUAAUAUUUUACGAAUACCGUGUAUUGUUGAUGAAAAGGAGGGUAAAAAACGAUUCCGAUCAGCGAAACGUUUUUAAAAAAGGCUGUUUUUAUUGUUAAGAAGAACAAUCGACCAUUUCCGAGUUGUAAGCUCAUACGUACUGCGAUUUUUUGAUUAUUUUUAGACUUCGGCUGUAUUAUCUCUGCAUAAUAACGAUAGGUAUUGCAAACCCACAUCAAGUGCCCAAGAAUAUUGUAAACGUGUUGUUACCCUUCUUCGUGCUUUACCUAUUCAGCCAUUACCAUUCAUUAAGCAUUUUUAUUUUUUUCAACUAUAGUUGAUUCAUGAUUUUUCAUAUUGUUCGAUGUUCCGUUAAUUUUAUCAUUAGGUAUUUGAAAUAUUCAAAGAUUAUAAUUUAUUUAAUGAAGAUUGACGUGUAAUGAAUAAAUUUUAUACUUGAGUUUGUAUUAA